CAACGUACUACGCAGUUGAAGUUCAUAAAUUUCAUACAACACUUUGAAUAAAAAUCUUUGAUAACGACAGCACACUUUCCUCAUUUCCCUCCAUAAAAGUCGCCAACACUUCUCUAUUUCUCCUUCUUCUUUCUUCACUCUUCUCACUUCCAACUUUUCUCUCUUCAAUGGCAAUGCCCAUGGUCUCACCCUACAAAACCGGUUCACCAUGCUCCCAUUCUCUCCACCGAGUCACCGCUUCAUCCGGUUACCCGGUUAUCUUCUAUAGCAACGCUCCAAUCUCCGCCGCCAACACCGUCCCCGACUCCCCUUCCUCCGCCGCAACAACCGUCUUCCUCUGCCGCCUCUUCACCGCCACCGCCAUCUCCAUCCUCGUCUGCACACUCGUCGCCCUCAUUCUCUUCCUCAUUGUCCACCCCAAACUCCCAACUCUCCGAGUCGACUCAGCUGUACUCACGGAGUCAAACUCGUCUCCGACUCGGUUCUCGCUAACGAUCCUCUUCGUGAACCCUAACACCAAGGUGUCUAUCUCUUACUCUGUCAUCGACGCGUUGCUCCAUAACAGUUCUGACGGUGAAGUGGCCAUCACGCGCCUCCCACAUUUCUCUCAGUCGAGGCGCGAGUGGACACGUGUCACCGCGCAGUUCGAUCUGGGUCAAGAUGGAACCUUUGUUAUAAAUAACAAUGUUAGUAAUAACGGGUCACUGGAAUUUGGGAUAAAGUUGUUUACUUCGGUGAAGUUUAAUUAUGGGGUUUUCCGUGCUGGGCAUCGUGAGUUGAAUGCUGCGUGUUACCCUUUGAAGGUUGUGUUUGGUGCUCGUAAUAAUAAUAAUAAUAAUAAUAACAAUGGAACUGGAAAUGGAACUGCUGUCAUGCAUGAUCCUUCGGAUUGGUGCUCUGUUUGAUGAUAGUUUGUUAUAUUGAAAAAAAUGAUAUAAUGGAAAAGGAGUGAUCUUCUAGUGUAGUAAUAUAUGUUAUUCACCCUUGUUCAUGAUAUGAAUAACUGAAUAACAAUAAUAAGAAAUGAUAUAAUACAAAAAAAAAAAAAUUCAUGAUAUAUUGAGACAAUUGUGCUGUACUUUUUGUUAUUUUUUAAUUGGGGUGCGUGUGUCAGUGUGUGUGUGCUAAUUUUCUAAUGCUAAAAUCAUGCCAUUGCAAUUAGAUAUUCAUAUUUCACUGUGGGAUUGAUUAAGGUGGCAGGUGCUAAAAGAUUACUAAUUGGAAGGUGCAUGCCGCAUCAUUGGGUUGAGCUGAGAUGGUCAAAUUCCUUAUAACAGGGUCUUGAUGUUGGUGGUUCAUUCAGGAAGAAAAGAUAGCUAAGUGUUUGAUCUAGCAGUUGCUUACUAUGCCAAUGCUUUAGCAAUAGAAUUAAAAUUUUGAUGGUACUUGAAUCAUAUAAUACAGCUGAUAUGUUGAUAUAUGAUGGUGGUCUCUGAUGGGUGGUGCAUCAAAACUCUAGUUUUAGCUUUUUGGAAUGUGUUUGUGUUUUGUUUGUUGUAUUGCUGCUAUGAGCUGUUAGCCUGCGAUGGAUCUGCAUUAAGAACUAAUGUGAUUUUGGGGUGCUCUGUUGGAGAAUUUAGGUUGAUGUGGGAGUGUAGGCUGAUGUUUUCUGCAUCAUUGCAGUACAUUUUUGCAGCUACUUUGGCAAUUAUGGUAAUGCUGUAUGCAUACUAUGCAUUUUAAUUAUGUGCUUUGUUUCGAAAUUUUUGUAUUGCAAUGUGGUGUUGUUAACAACUGAAUUUGUUAAGUUGCAUACUUUUGCUGUGUUGCACUCUCUCUUGUGUUGUUCUCAGCAGAUUUUAAUAUCAAUGAGAAUGUAAGAAGUGAAUUGACUUGAAAUGUAUCUGCAUGUGUUUUGCUGGUCUUGGCCAAAACCCUAGUGCGUAAACUCGGGCACUCUGAUCAAUUAUUGUCUGCCGAAUCUAAAUAAGAUUCAACGUGCUGGGUUGACUUGAAAUCCAGUCAAUUUACAUUUAAUAUUUAGGUUGGAUCUUUCACGAGUCGCGACAAACUUCGGCAUGAAUGAAAAUUAAUGUGUAUCAAGCAUCGCGACAAGUUGGCUACGUUUUAGCACACACAUUAAAAUGCUCCGGAGAUCUCGGAGGCUAGUUCAAGUACGUAUGCAAUGUGAUGUUAUCGAUACGGCCAAGUUUUAAAAACCGUAUGGAUUGUGUACGGAAAAUUUAUAUUUGCAUAUUUUAAUAAUGGUGCAUGAUUCAUGUUCUUUCCUAAUGCAGUAACUCAUGAUCAUUCAAAAUACUUCCCCCUUGUAUCAAUAGCUUUGAUAUGGAAAAGACUACAGAAAAAUUCAUCUAUCUUAUACUUUUUGCACUGUGCCUAAACUAUGGUAGCUGUGGUGUUGUAUAGUAUGUGUAUUUUCGACAGAUAUGCGAUUGAUUAUGGGUGUAUCAUAGUCCAUGGCCACGGAGUUUGAUAGAGACUUGUAAAAGAAGUCAGCAUUGGAGAACGCACUGCAGAGCAUAUAGAUGAGCCUUGUUGCAAUUGUAAGGUUGUCGCUUACUGACUCAGAGAUCGUGGAUCCAAAUCACGGUAACAUCUUUGGUCGGGUAAGCUUACCAUUUCUUUCGAUACACCAUGCAUUUUCUGAGUUAUUAUGGUCUCCCAUGUUGUUGUGGCGUGUGUGAUAGAAGUCAAUGUUUCUUCUUCACAGUGGAAAAUGUUUCCCAAAUGGUCUUAUUUGAUUAUUGAUUGGCUUUUAUGAUUGAUGGUUAAUGACACUGUUAUAUAUGUUAUGUGCCUUGAUCUACAAGAAAUCAGUUGUUUCAGGUAACAGGUU